AGUCAAAAUAUUUCACAAGUAAAUCCCACCAUGUUUCUCAUCGAUAUCAAAAUUCUCGUUGAAUAAAAUGCACAGUUCAAUAAUUAUCCGCAAUGGCUGGAAGGGAAAUUAUUCAAAUACAUAUCGGACAAGCCGGUGUUCAGCUGGCCAACGCCUGUUGGGAGCUCUAUUGUCUCGAACAUGCAGUAAAAUUUGAUGGUACAUUGUACGAUCCAAAUCAGGCGGAGGAUAGUUACAGCCCGUUUUUUGCGCUCACCGGAGCGGGCCAGGUUGUACCUAGAGUGUUGAUGAUAGAUUUAGAACCGACGGUCAUCGACGAGAUACGCACUGGAUGUUACAGGAAAUUGUUCCAUCCUGAGAGAUUGCUUACGAGCAAAGAGGACGCGUCGAAUAAUUUCGCGAAAGGAAUGUACGGAGUUGGACAUGAAAUGGUAGAUUUGGCAAUGGACAGGGUUAGGAAACUCGUUGAAGAAUGUGGAAAUAUGCAGGGGUUCUUGAUAUUUAGAGCAUACGGUGGUGGUACGGGCGGCGGUUUCGGCUCGAUGUUUCUUCGAAACCUUGAAAACUACUUUUGUAAAUCAUCCAUCUUAGAGUUCGUGGUGUUUCCUUCCCCUAAAUUAUCAAACAUCAUAGUAGAACCUUAUAACACUGUAUUAUCUACCCACGCUUCGACGGAGUACCAAGACAUAGCCUUUAUAUUAGAUAACGAAGCAAUUUAUGAUAUUUUAAGCACAAAACUCGGCAACCCUAGGCCAAUGUACUCGAACGUAAACAGAGUUAUAGGUCAAGUCGUUUCCAACGUCACCGCCUCGCUGAGAUUCGAAGGCGCUCUAAACGUAGACCUCUCCGAGUACCAAACCAAUUUGGUACCGUAUCGACGGAUACACUAUCCCAUAGUCGCAUACGCGCCUUUCAUGCCGAGCAAGAGGCUCUUCCACGAGCAAUUCUCGGUAGCCUCGUUGACGAAUUCCUGCUUCAAACCCAGUCAUCAGCUCGUAAAAUGCGAUUCGGAUCAAGGUAAAUACGUGUCUUGUUGUCUUCUCUACCGUGGUGAUGUGGUUCCUGUCGAUGUGAACAACGCUGUGGUGAACAUCAAGCACACCAAGAACGUGCAGUUCGUCGAUUGGUGUCCCACGGGUUUCAAAGUGGGAAUAAAUUACAUGCCUCCGAUCGCCGUGCCCGGCGGCGAUUUGGCCAGAGUAACGAGAGCUGUGACUACCUUGUCGAAUAGCACCGCCAUUAAAUUCUACUGGUUAAAGAUACUGAAGAAAUACAACGUGAUGCUGCGCAAACGGGCGUUCGUCCAUCACUACGUUUCCGAAGGAAUGGAGGAGGGCGAAUUCCUCGAAGCCAAGGAAAAUUUGAGGGCUCUGAUUUUGGAUUACAAAGAAAUGGAAUCUUAAGGCGCGCUUGUUUUAUAUUUGUAAUUAAUUGUUUCAUUUCUUCCAGUGGUAUAAAUAAUUUAUACAAAACAUUUCAAUCUUUUUUCGUUCGGGUUAUCUAAGAUAAACGAGGCGAAUUAAAAC